UGCAGCUCCCCCGGCGCUUUAUUGAGGGAGUGGAAACAAUUGCCAAAGUGCUUUUAACCAACUAAAUAGUAACAGUGCCCAGGCGGUGUGAGCGCUACCGGCAAAUCCUGCCCCCGCACUCACGGCUCAGGUUCCACUGUAACCCCCCCCCCCCCAGAUUUAUUAUAUUGUAUAGCCACGUGACAGGAAUUUGGCGCAAUGGCGGCGGCACGCCCACCUAGUGACGCCACAGAAGCGAAAGUAAGCCUUCAUUUGAUUGGCUCUCUGAAUGUGAAUUGAUCCAAACUGACCGAAUUGUGGAGAAAGUUGCACGUCCCUCCCCCAGGGAAGGCUGGAAGCACCGCCCACCGAUACACAGAUACAGCCUGAAUAGAGCAGUGAGGGGCCGGCUGGGGAUUGUGUCCUGUGUCCCUGUAACUCCCUCCCCUGUGUCCCUGGCAUUGUCCCUCCCCUGCACUCACAUCUCCAGCCUGGGCUACUGGGGAUUUAUCCAGGGAGAAUGGACGUGAAAGUGGAGAAUGAAGAGAACCAUCUGCCCACAAUAAAGAUGGAAGUAGAUUCAGUUUUUGCGGAUAUCUCCCAUUACUCAGAGUCAGAGAUUACGCAGAUUCAGAUAAAAGAGGAAUGGGACUCUGAUGACUGUGAGGACUCCAGGCCGGAUUUCCCAGUUCCACUUACUGAUGAAGGGUCCCCGGGGAUUUGGCAGAGGGAAGUGAAAGCAGAGAAUGAAGCACUUCGUCUCGGGCAGAUGAACCUCAGCGCUGAGGGGGAUCCCAAAACCAAGGAGGGAAAUUUGUCUUCUGAAACUCAAAGCCCUUUAAUGAACUCACAAGUGCCAGAAAGCGAUGACCCGUGUGAUGCUGCGAAUACAACCCAGGGGCGGCUGCACGAAGGGGACGUGUCGUCGGGUUUUAUCUGCGGUCACUGUGGGGUGGUCUGCUCUGAAAACGGGGAUCUAGGCUCGCACCGAUGCACCCAGCCUUGCACUGAGGAGAAACCCACGGCACAGAAACCUUUUCCCUGCCCCGAGUGUGGGAAACAAUAUGGCAGCAAGCGGAGUCUGCAAACCCACCAGCUGAGUCACACCGGGGAGCGGCCCUUCUCCUGCGCAGAAUGUGGCAAAAGCUUCACAAGGAAAUACAAACUCGUGAGGCACCAGAUGAUCCACAGAGGGGAGAAACCCUAUUCCUGCUCCGAGUGUGGGAAGCGCUUCUCUCAGCUGGGGAACCUUUAUUCCCACCAGAAGGUUCACACCGGGGAGAAACCCUAUAUAUGCACAGAGUGUGGGAAAAGCUUCUCCCAGAUAAACAACCUGUACACUCACCAUAAAAUUCAUACGGGAGAGAAACCGUACUCCUGCCGGGAAUGCGGGAAAAACUUCUCGCAAAGGAGCGGCCUUCUAGCCCACGAGAAAACCCACUUAGGGGAGAAACCAUUCUCCUGCACAGAAUGUGGGAAAAGCUUCUUUUUGAAGAGCCAGCUUCACAGUCACCAGAAAUCCCAUGCAGACGAGAAGGAUUUCCCGUGCACAGAGUGUGGGAAGAGCUUCCCGUACAAGAGCGCUCUGCAGCAACACCAGAUCACUCACUCCGGGGAGAAACCAUUCACAUGUUCAGAAUGCGGCAAAAGCUUCUCCCUAAAGAGUCAACUUCACAGUCACCACAAAAUUCACACGGGGGAGAAACCCUUUACGUGUGCAGAAUGUGGGAAAAGCUUCUCCUAUAAGAGCCACCUCCUCCAGCACGAGAAAAUUCACACGGGAGAGAAACCGUUCGCGUGUACGGAAUGUGGGAAAACGUUCUCUCGCAAGAAAAAUCUUUCCAUCCAUCUGAAAAUCCACACGGGGGAGAAACGAUUCACCUGCACAGAGUGCGGCAAAUGCUUCUUUAACAAGUUCACCCUAAUGACUCACGGAUUCAUACACACGGGGGAGAAACCGUUCAUCUGCAAGGAAUGUGGGAAGAGCUUUACUCACAGCGGCAGCCUGUACAACCACCAGAAGGCACACACGGGGGAGAGACCUUUCUCCUGCUCCGAAUGCGGGAAGACUUUCCAUAGGAGAACUCAGCUUCAGAGACAUCAGGUGAUUCACAAGGGAGAGAAACCCUACGCCUGCUCCGAGUGCGGGAAACGGUUUUCUCAGAAGGGAACCCUCCAUACGCAUCAAAAACUCCACACGGGGGAAUUGCCUUUUUCUUGCACAGAAUGCGGGGAGUGUUUCCCCAUCAAAAGCAGCCUUAAUAAACACCAGAAAAGUCAUACGGCUUAGUAAGGUUUCAGCAAUAAACUGUAGCGCAGAGACUGCAUUUACCCAAUAAACAACAUUUGCUCAGCAGUU